AUGGAUGAGUUGUGCAAAGAAGCGGAUACAACGAGAAAAUCGAAACUUGGGAAGACGCCCAAAACCCUGGUGAACGGACCUAACGGAAUGCUCUGCGAGAAUCAAGAUGGAGCCUCUGUGCUCAAAGCACUUGAGUGUAGCCAAAACGCAAACACAAAGAAUAAUAUUGCCGACAAGUGUGGCGACGUCAAUUUUGGGAGUUGCAGUGAACUUGUGACUGCGCGUACUUGUUUGAUAAGAGAAUUGAAAACUCUAUGCGGAAACGAUCGAGCAACUUCUUUCUUGAAUUCGGCCUACAUAAACAACGAUGAUCGCCGCGGGACACCGAUUUUUGAUUGUCGAGUAGUGAUCGCCAAAGUGGUUGGCCUUAAAGCUUGG